AAAGCCUUUAAAGCAAAAAUAAUAUCGGAACCGUAUAAAAGGACCCCGGGGAAUAUAAGUAUUUUAGCCCCCAAAAAGUUGGUUACUUGCUUUAAAUGCGGGCAGUUAAGCCAUAUCGCUGCAGCAUGCAAAAUACGAACGGAUAACCCGGAAACCCCGUUAGCCCUAGCAAUUACACAAAAGGCAAAGGGAAAAAAGCCCGAAGUACGGUAUUACGGGUAUGGGGAGCUAGGUUAUAUCCGGCCGGCGUGCCCCAAAAAAAGCAAAAUAUCGCCACCUAAUUCGAUACCGUUGUUUGGCCGUUUAGGUACCGGGGCUUAA